AUGGAAGUCACAUCUCGGAACGUUCGUGGGGAAAUCCUGUCCUAUUUGCAAAGCGUGUAUGAUUCGACGGCAGAAACACUGCCUGAUGUGAAAGAUGGUACCUGUGAGCCGGACGAAGAUGCGUCGGUCGAACUUCUGAAAGAUGUUGCGACUUGUGACCAGGAUGAUUAUGCUGUAAGUUUGGCCAAGUUGCAGCAAGUCAGUGCCUUCAAGGACAGCAAGAAAAAAACCAAUCAAAGAAAGAGGUCCGUCACAAUUCUGCGGAAGGAUGGAGAAGUACGCUACUUGCCUCCAGGUUCCAUGAAGGAAUACUGGGAACAGCUCAACUGCCAGCGUGAGUCCCAGAAGCCCAUCAGUUUUGCCUUCUUUUGGAGGGUGUGGUAUCAGGAAUUCGCUUUCAUGAAAUUUCGAUCACAUUCCAAUCACGCAGUGUGCAGCACUUGUCUGCGUCACAAACUCCUGAUUAGAGAGUUGUCCAGCCAUUUAUUGGCGCGGAAGGAGCAGGUCAAACGAUAUCACGGUCACUUGCGUGACCAGUACUUGGACCGCAUGACGUAUUGGUCACUUCGCGGUGAAAGCCGCCUUCGCGGUGGCGCUUCAGUCACCGCAAUCAUCGACUCUAUGGACCAGAGCAAGACAUGUCUUCCUAGAGGGGCCUGCAUGAAAUCGAAGGAGCUCUCCAACAUGCAGCGUCCCAAGAUGCACCUCACCGCAGUCAUCAUCCACGGCUUCAGCAUCUUUCUUUUCCUUUCGGAACAUGACCAAGCAAAAAACAGCUCUUCGAUGAUUGAGAUGAUGAGCUAUUCUCUGACCAUGCUCUCCAAGCAUUGUCUUUUGAAACACCUAUCUGUCAACAUACAGUCUGACAACACAGUCAGGGAAAUGAAAAAUAAUCCAUUUGCGAAAUGGAUGGGGAGCCUGGUGUCCCAUGGAGCCACACUUGUACUCAGUCCUGCUUGCUGCAUAUUUCCAUUGCUCACGGUGGACUUCUUCUUUGCAUUAUUUUCGGCUUUGAUUCUGAUUUCACUCUGA